GUAUUGACUGCUGGUCGCUCUUAAAGCUAGUUUUUGUCGUUGAGAACGGGCUGCUCUAGUUCAGAUUUAAAGAGGGUUUCCUGGUAGUGUAGAGCUCGUAGUGUCUGUCGGCGGGAAGAAAAGGUGAUUUACAAUCUAAAUGGAUGCGAUACUGAAUUACAAGUCGGAAGACGGCGAAGAUUACUACACAUUACUGGGAUGUGAUGAACUGUCUUCGGUUGAACAAAUCCUGGCAGAAUUUAAGAUCAGAGCUUUGGAAUGUCACCCUGACAAACAUCCAGAAAACUCCAAAGCUGUGGAGACUUUUCAGAAACUGCAGAAGGCAAAAGAGAUUUUGACCAAUGAAGAGAGUCGAGCCCGCUAUGACCACUGGAGAAGGAGCCAAAUGUCAAUGCCGUUUCAGCAGUGGGAAGCUUUGACUGACUCAGUGAAAACAUCAAUGCAUUGGGCCGUUAGAGGUAAAAAGGAUCUGAUGCUGGAAGAAGCUGCUCAGACACAUACAGAACAGAUCGAAAAUGAGAAACGGAAUGAACAAAGAGAAAGAAAGGAAGAGGAAAUGGAUUCAACCACAGAAAAAAUGAAGCAGAAAGAGUGUGAGUCCCCAGAUCAGUUCAUCUCUCAACAAAAUCCAGAUUCUCCAGGUUUCUCUGAUGUGAACUGGUGGCACCUACGUUUCCGCUGGUCUGGGGAUGCACCUUCAGAACUCCUAAGAAAGUUCAGAAACUAUGAAAUAUGAAGCGUCCACAUUUCCUACAAGGCAGAGUGCAGAAGUGGAGCCUCUGCAGCCGACAGGCGUGUUUGUGCAGUCUAAAACAAGUCCUGUGUCCAUGUCAUGGCCACACUUAGCUCGGUGCCCAUUGAUUCCUCCAUCUUCCUGCCUUUCCCCCACACAGAACAUUUUCAGAACACUUGUUUCUUUCAAUAACUGAAUAAAUUAAGGUUCUUAAUCCAAACAGAUCAUGUUAACAUGGGCUUUCCUGUUAAUGCAAUUUACAGCAAUCCAUGUAAAACCUGACUUGUGUGUUUAAACAGUUCAUUGAUACACCAUAAUCUCUACUAGUGUAGAUAUACAGAAAAUGCUUUCUGUUCCUUGACUCAAAUGAGAUGUGAAAGUGGUUGUUUACACUCUAUUACGUGAAAUAAAUAAUUUCUCUUGAACUUUGUAAAUUAAUUUAUAAUUCAGCUAUAUGUGAAAGAUAAUUGGAAUAGGGCCUGGUGUGAUGGCUCAAUUAGUUAAUCUUCCCAUUGCAAGUGUCGGGAUACCAUAUGGGUGCUGUUUCAUGUCUCAGCUGCUCCACUUCCCAUCUAUAUCCCUGCUUAUGGCCUGGGAAAGCAGUGGAGGAUGGCCCAAAGCCUUGGGACCCUGCGCCUGAGUGGGAAGCAUGGAAGAAGCUCCUGGCUCCUGACUUGAGAUCAGCUCCGCUCCAGCCAUUUGGGGAGUGAAGCACCAGAUAGAUCUUUCUCUCUGUUUCUUCUUCCCUCUAUAAGUCAGUCUUUCAAUAAAAAUACAUAAAUCUUAAAAAAAUUCAUUGGAAUAGAUGGUUCUACUCUAAUCAUCAUAAACUGAAAAGCUAUGAAGCUGUAAUUUAUUUGAGAAAAAUAUGUUUCUACAAGAUUUCUUGUGGCAUAUUGAGUAAAUGAUAAAUUUAUAAAUUAUUUUCUAAUCAAAAGUGGGUCUGUAGAAAAUAUAAUUUCUUUAGAUUGGAUUUCAUGAUGGUCACAUACAGUCUCUGGUUAUUUUUUAGUUUGCUAACAAGUGAAUGAAAAAUUAAUACUAAAAAAAGUUUUAGAGCAAGGGCCCCUAUAUCAAUGGCAGAGUUCUCACUGUUUUACAACAAAAUGAGACAAAAUAAAA